UCAGAGGGAGGAAGGACGAUGCUGUGUGAAUCCCAGAAUCCUCCUGGUGGGGGUAUUUUGUCUGCUCCAGUACCAGGCUGUCUGUAUAGAGAAGAGAAGAGCCCAAUGGUUGUUCAAGACUGAAGUUAGCAUGAUGGAGAACUGGCCAUCCCGCUUAUCACCGGAUGGAUCCAGUAAUGGGAACCCACCAGAGAGAUGUCCCCGUCCUCUGUAUUCCCGGGACUCCACACAGGAACAUCAGGAGAUCCCUCAGGAAGAUCAGAAGAUCACGGGGGACUAUCAGACCGAUGGCCUGAUUGUUGUGAAAGUUGAAAUGGAAGAGGAGGAGACGAAUCCAAGGAAAGAUGAUCCAUGUAAGGAGAAGAAAAAUCCUCCAGAGAUCAGCACAGAUGGAUCCGACCACAGAAACACCCCAGAGAGAUGUCCCAGUCCUGUUUCCUCCCGGGACUCCGCGCUGGAAGAUCAGAACACCUCAGAUGAGUAUCAAGAUGAAAAUCUGAUCACCAUCAAAGUUGAGGUCAAAGAUGAAGAAGAUGAAAAGACGGCGAGGGGAGACAAGCCGUUUAAGGAGGAAAGAGUUCCCCCGGAGAUCAGCACAGGCCGACACACCAGAAGUAACCUGGCAGAAUGUUCCAUCGCCUCUCCCGAUGGGGAUAUAGAAGAUGAUGACAUCACGGCGGUGACCCUUGGAGAAAUUACGCCCAAUGUGCAGCCGGGAAAGCGCAAAGCUGUGAAAUCUCUUUCGUGCGCUGUAUGUGGAAGACGUUUUGUCCGAAGAGUUCCACUGCUGAAGCAUAUGCGGGCGCACAAACUAGAAAGGCCCUAUUCAUGUUCAGAGUGUGGUAAAUGCUUCGUACAGAAGGUCCACCUUGUUGUCCACCAAAGAAUCCACACGGGGUUAAAGCCGUACUCAUGCCCAGAGUGUGGGAAAUGCUUCACCCAGAAAGCUUCGCUGGUCCACCAUCAGAGCUCCCACCGCGGCGUGAAAGCCUUUUCAUGCUCCGAUUGCGGGAAGUCUUUCCGGCAGAAGUUCUCGCUCAUCAAACACCAGCGAAUGUACAUGCAAGAGAAACCGUAUUCCUGCUCCGACUGCGGGAAAUGCUUUGCAUCCAAGUCAACUCUUCUCGGCCACCAGAAGACCCACACAGGCGAGAAACCGUUCGCCUGCCCGCAGUGCGGGAAGUGCUUCGCCACGAAGUCCACCAUGGUCAUCCAUCAGAAGACACACAUGGAUCAGAAGCCUUACAAGUGUUCCGAGUGCGGGAAGUGCUUCGCCCAGAAGACCAACCUGCUCAUCCAUCAGACCAUCCACACGGGAGAGAAGCCGUUUUCCUGUACGGAAUGCGGUAGGCGGUUUGCCCAGAAGUCGCGCCUGAUUAGUCAUCAAAGGAGGCACACGGGGGAAAAGCCGUACUCGUGUUCGGAGUGCGGGGAGCAGUUUGCCACGAAGUCUUCCCUCAGCGCGCAUCAGAGGAUCCACACCAACAACCUCUUUUCCUGCCCGGACUGCGGGAAGGGCUUCAUAUACAAGUCCAAUAUGGUCAAGCACCGGAAGACGCAUGCCAAGGAGAAGCCACACGCGUGUUCGGAUUGCGGAAAGUCCUUCGCGCAGAAGUCAGGCCUCGUUCGGCAUCAGAGAGUUCACGCGGGGAAGAAGCUCUUAUCAUGCACGGACUGCGACAAGAGCUUUAACUGGAAGUCGUCUCUCGUCUGCCACCAGAAAAGUCACCAAUGCGACCAGCCGUAGCGCGAGAAGCCAACUCGGCGAGUGGUAGGACAUCGGAGAAUAGUCCUUCAUUGAAGGCAUAGCUUAACCUAGACCCAAGCUUCAUCUCCAUCAUUCAACUUUACCGGAGGUUGAGGUCUUGACUGGUUGCAUUCUGGAACGAGUGACUAGUUGGCUGUUCCCAGUAAGAUGACAUCAUCAGUCAGCGCUCCAACUUUUCCUUUACAUCAGAGGUCUCCAAACCUUCUAAGCAAAGGGCCAGUUUACUGUCCUUCAGACAUUAAGGGGGGCUGGACAUUGGUCAUUGGAAGUAGAUAUUGCCCUGGCGUCAAUGGGGGUAACCAAUCUAUCUUUGGUAUUGGGGGAAUAAUUAGCACCCCCCCGCCAUGGUGUCAGUGGAAGGAAUAGUGCUCUAUCAUUGGUUUUGGUGGGAGGAAUAGUGCCCC